AUGCUGGGACGCCGGCGUUUUUUAACAUCAUUUCAGAAAUGCGUGAUCCCCAAUUAUACAACCGAGCCUUGGCCAUAUGUCAACUGCUUGUCACCGUUAUUUACAUUGUCGUUGGAACAGUUGUGUACUACUACUGCGGGUCUCAUGUUGCAUCCCAGCACUCGGUUCAGCUGGGCCUUUGGUGAAGAAAGUGAGCUACGGCUUCGCACUCCCGGGACUUUGUGUUUCCGCAAUUUUGCUACUACAUGUGAACGCAAGUUGCCCGCAAAACAUGUCUUCAUUCGCAUCCUACGGGGUACCAGGCAUUUGACAGGACAAACAACAGUUCACUGGGUAACAUGGCUCGGAUCAACAUUCACAAUAGUCACAGUUGCGCAUAUUGUUGCAAGCAGCAUCCCUGUGUUUAGUGAUUUAGUUUCACUUGUCGGUGCUCUUCUCGCAACUCCCCUGUGCUUUCAGCCCAUGGGAUGCAUGUGGCUAUAUGACAACUGGGGGCCCGGAAGGCAUCGAAGGUCUUUGAUCUGGUCUAUCAAGGUUGCUUGGUGUGUCUUCAUGAUUAUGGCUGGCUUUUUUCUUGACAAUAGGUGGCACCUACAGCUCGGUUGUGAGUAUAAAUGCAUCUUACAAGAAAACCGGGGGCUCAGCCGCCUGGUCUUGUGCCAACAAUGA